AAGGUGUUGGGAGCAGACCGCGGGCCCAAGGAAUUUUAGGGCCCUACCGCACUAAACGACUCUAUUUUUUAUUUUAUUUUUAUUGCUUAGAUCGGUGGACGAGCUCACAGCCCACCUGAUGUUAAGUGGUUACUGGAGCCCAUAGACAUCUACAACGUAAAUGCGCCACCCACCUUGAGAUAAAAGUUCUAAGGUCUCAAGUAUAGUUACAACGGCUGCACCACCCUUCAAACCGAAACGCAUUACUGCUUCACGGGAGAAAUAGGCAAGGUGGUGGUACCCACCCGCGCGGACUCACAAUAGGUCCUACCACCAUAAAAAGUAGAUUACCUAUUAUGAUUUUAAUUGUGUAAACUAUUAUUACACCCUAAGAUACACAUGUUAUGAAUGGGUGUGUAUUAUAGUUACGCGUUUACCAUAAUUACGUAUACUAUGUAUGCAUCAUAUCGUAUCAUCCCUUUGAGAAGGCGGUACGACAAGAAAACCCUCUUGUUGUGGCCGCCGGAAAUUACAUACCCGGCCCUGUGGACCGAAUGGUAAACGGUCGACGUCGCCGCGUCGCCCUAAACACGUCAUUACGGAUCCUCCCGAUCCAUUAUCGGUGCUUUUAGGCAUUCCAAGGACCAUUCACCGUUCGACGUGCAACAUAACUAACGUAUGUCCACAACCGACUGAUUUUCGCACUGGAUCUUAGACGGUCGCGAUUCCGAUCAGAUGUUAGCUUCAGAAAGGCACUGUUCUUUUUAGCGCAGUGUGUUUAGUGCGAGUUUUUUAACUUCUCUAUCACGUAAAAGUUAACUCAAAUUUGUACGAAUUGGAACAGCGCCCCUAGCGGCAAACCAAGGGAAACUGUUCUAACUCCAGAACUUAAAAAAACUCGCAUUGAGCACACAGAUGUUAUAAAAGUCUCUGAAGCCUACACACCCGGCGAAACUAAAAAAGCCCUAAACUAAAAAACUAAAAACUAAAAAAGCCAAGACUACGGGUAAUUAGUUAUUCCAAAAAACUAGAGUAAAAUUUUAAGUCAACUUUAAUAGAGCUGACGAAUAAAAAUAUUAUUCCUAUGUAGAUGGAAGAAAGUAGUGAUGCGUCAAAAUUCUAUAUUAAAUCUUAAUUUAAUUUUGUAAAUGUAUUUCUCAAUGUAAAGCAAAGCAGUCUUUUUUGCAUUUUCUUUAAAAGUUUGCUACGGUAACGCUAUAUUAUAUUUCACGGACACUCAUAGCCACAGAGUUCAACUUCCACUGUAUUCUUUUUAACUUUAGUGAUAAGAUGGAUCAUAAAUAAAAAUAAUCGGAAACCUGUAUUUUUGGAACAAAACAGUGGAAUAUGAACAAUUGUGACCGCCAACUCACAUUUAUUAAGUGUAGUAGGGUAUCUUAUUAAGUCCAAAUCGAUAGAUACUAACCAUCAUGCUUAAUUCGGUUGCAAAGCAGUCGUAGAAUACUGCUUCGAGACGGGCACUACACCAUUCAAACUGACCUCAUGUUUCAAGCUGAAUAGUGGCACUUACAUUGGUUUUUGUUUAAGCUGGCAACUUUAUUCUAGGUGGGCCCUGAGAUAGUUCACCAACUAAACCGUAUUAUCUUCUUUUUUUAUGAUUGAGGGUUUACUAGUGGCCCGGAGGCCUUUCCAGUUUCACAAGGACAGGUGGGCGAGCCAGAAGAGGCGGGAUUUGCUAACAGCUACCCGAGCGCCUUCAAGGGAGACCUAGCAACUCAACAGUAGCUGCUUCGCGAAUGAAUCUACUACCGGAUCGGAAUCGCGACCCGCUGAGAAGAUCCGGCGAGAUACUCAACGGGCUGAUGCUUAUGUUAGAUUGCACGGUUACCGGGGUCUCUACUCCUAGUGUUAGAGCGAAAGGCGUCUUAUGCGAGGGUUAUUGCGAGGUAUCUAAUGGAUCCUUACAAGGACUACACAGAGUCACCUGGUUCCGAAAGGACAUUUUACUCCGCUUACAGAUCAUGGGGUAGAGUCUGCCGAGAAUAAACGCGGCACGGUCGUGGACUGCUUUUAUAUGUGGAUGGAAUCUCGUGGAUAACCGUAUUAUAUAUGAACUAAGAAUUAAAAAAGAGGAGCCCAAGGAACUCAAGCUCAAGUAAAUCUUAUUAGGGCAUAUCAUUAUUGGCAUAAAUUUUAUGAGGCCUCAUGCAACAUGUACAUACGUACAGAGUGAAGUUGUGUGAAUUGUUUUAAUUUGUCUAUUUAGUGUUUCUUCAGGCUUAAAUGUGUAAUAACGAUGUGUAAAAACGAUAUUAACUGUUUAGUAUCUGUGCAAGUGUACAAAUGUGGGAAAAUUAGACAAAACUGCUGGACAUAGCUUCUCGGGAUCCUCCAAAAAGUCCACUGAAAAGUCUCAGUAAAUAAGCACCAUUUUACUAAGAUUAUAUUUCAUCCCAUAUCAUACUGUCUCAUUUCAUUUAAUUUCAUCCCAGUUGAUUAAUGUCUCAAAUUAAUCAUCUUCAUUUCAUUUCAUUUCACUCCAUAUUAUCAUUUUUCAUAAAAAUAUAAAUAAAAUAAGACAGAACUUAAAGGUCUUAGUUACCAGGUCAUAAAAUAUUUAAAAAAAAGCUAGUUCGUACUUAAUUACAUAUGUGCGGCUGUCAUAGAUUUUAUAAAUGCAUUUAUAGUGAUAAUUUUGAUAUAAACUCAACAAAAACAACUGCUCAGGAAGCUGUAGUUGUAUUUUCUGCAGUUUUUCUACUGUUUGAAUACUACUAUUACUUGAAUUCGUAAUUUGUAAUCAUAUUCUAGAUUAAGAGCAACACAACUAAAACAAAUUGAUUUCAUAAAAAUCAAUUCAGAAGCAGAACUGUAAUCCAAUCGAAAUUCACUUAGAAAACAUCAACAUGGAAGAUCACAGGGGUGUGGAGGACACACCGGCUUCACAGAGGCUUACAAAUGAUGACUUUAGGAAAUUACUGAUGACUCCAAGAUCUACUCCUUCAGGAGGGACACACGCUCCUGGCUCCAUUCGAGAGGCUAUGGCGAAUGCAGGAUCCAUGCCACCACCAUCAGAGAAUAAAGGAGAGUUACGUCGUAAGAAAAAGUCAUACUAUGCUGCUCUUAAGAAACAAGAAGACAACAAGCUAGCAGAGCUUGCGGAGAAAUACAGAGACAGAGCUAGAGAGAGGAGAGAUGGUGUGAAUGAUUUAAGUGUUAUUGAUCCAACAAGCAACACAAGUAGUGCCUAUAGAGCUGUUGCUCCAGAUUUGAAAUCAGGUCUAGAUGCCAAAGAAAGGAGGAGACAACUUAUCCAGGAAUCCAAAUAUCUUGGUGGUGACAUGGAGCACACUCACUUGGUAAAAGGUCUCGAUUAUGCUUUGUUGCAGAAGGUUCGUUCAGAAAUACAAACUCGGGAGCAAGAAGAAGAAGCCGAAAUGGAGAGACUGGUCACUAUUCCCGUGGAACCUGUAAAAGAAAAGAAAGAAGAAAAGAAGGAAGUUGAAGAAGAGAUGCAGUUCAAGACUCAAAUGGGAAAAAAUAUUUUUGACAUGAUUCUAGAACAAAAGAACAAGAAAGUUGUCCGCAGCGAAAUGUUUGCUCCCGGUCGUAUGGCGUACGUGGUCGAGCUCGACGAAGAAGGCACAAUCGAUUCCGAUAUACCCACAACGUUGACUCGGAGUAAAGCGGACGUUCCCGAAAUGGACGAAAGGAGUUCGGCUUCGAGUGCAAAUGAUCUUGUCGUCGAGAAACUGACUCAGAUCUUCUCAUAUUUGAGGCACGGAAGACAUAAGAAGCUGAAGAAGACUAAGGACAAGACGACGGAGAAGGGUCGUAACGACGACUCUAUAUACGGCGAGAUUGGUGACUACAUGCCGGGAGAACGCCGCUCCGACAGGAGGGAGGAGAGGCCGCGAACCGGAUACUUUGAUAAGCCUGUUGAAACCGAGAAGGAAGAGGGCCCGAUCCCUCGUCGUCAAGCAACAGGCAAUAACGAAGAGCGCGACAAACGUUCCGCGGCGCUGCUGUCCAAGCUGGCGGCUGAGCCCGAGGGCUACGCCGAGUGCUACCCCGGCCUCAGGGAGAUGGACGACGCCAUAGACGACUCCGACGAUGAAGUCGACUACACCAAAAUGGACGCCGGGAACAAGAAGGGACCGAUCGGUCGCUGGGAUUUCGACACGCAAGAGGAAUACUCCGCCUACAUGAGCAGCAAAGAGGCGUUACCUAAGGCGGCCUUCCAAUAUGGCGUCAAAACGCAAGACGGACGGAAAACAAGGAAAACGAAGGACAAAAGCGAAAAGGCAGAGCUGGACAGAGAAUGGCAACAGAUUCAAAACAUCAUACAGAAACGAAAAGCGCCUCUGCAUUCUGACGAACCAGGAGUUAAAGCCUCAAAAUAUUAACACUUUAAGAAGGAAUUUUAUGUGGUUCAUUAUCACAAUACGGCGUCUACAAGAAUGUAGGACUAUAAUAGUAUAAUGAAUAAAUAAUGAGGACUUUAAUAAAAGCUAUAACAUAAAUAUCUACGUGUGAAUGUGUGUGUUGGAAUGUAAAUAAUGUUACGAAAUAUACAAAUUAUGUUAAA